AUGGCGGCGCUGGGGCGUGGGGGCGGCCGCCUGCUGCAGCUCACCCUGGCUCUGAUCAAGCCGGACGCCGUGGCCCAUCCCCUGAUCCUGGAGGUGCCCGGGCCGGGCAGGGAGAAAGGAGGGAUGGUUGGGGAGGACUGUCCGGCGGCAGCGGAGCCCUGAAGGCCGUCCAAGGAGGCGAGCGCUUCUUUCCGUAGGGAGCCGUGGAAGGCUUCGGAGCGAGAGCGGCAGUGACCUAGCGGGGUUAGGAGCACGGCUGGGAUGGCCCAGACCCUGUGCAUGUGGGGAGGGGAGGCGCCCCCUCUGCCCCCAGCCUGGGACCCUUCCCUAGUAAUAAAGCAGGACUUUGAGUUUGCCGAGGGCUCGCGCUCUUAUAGGCAGGAAACAGGCAGAGAACGCGUCUGAGCUUUGGAGCCCGGGAGUCUGGCUGCCGGAGGGCCGAGGGGUGUCGCUGCCGGGCGCCCCCUGCAGGCUGAGGCCGGAGUUACCAUAGGCAGGCGCUGCAGGGAUGCUCAUCCUGGGAGGCCCCGGGGGAGGGGGUCCCCCGGACUGGCUUUUUAGCCGCCCCGGCUUCCUUCCAGGCCAUUCACCAGCAGAUCCUGAGCAGUCAGCUCCUCAUCGUGCGCGUGCGAGAUCUGGCCUGGAGGCGGGAGGAGUGCCAGAGGUUUUACCAGGAGCACGCAGGGCGCUUUUUCUACCAGCGGUUGGUGGAGUUCAUGGCCAGGUACCCCCGCUUCUCCUGGGGAGGGGGGGUGGGUGUGGAGCUCAUGGGUCACCCCCUUUCCUCAUCCCCAGUGGCCCCAUUCGGGCCUACAUCCUGGCUCACGAGGACGCCAUUCAGCUCUGGAGGAACUUGAUGGGACCAACCAAGGUGUUCCGCGCCCGCUACGUGGCCCCGGACUCCAUCCGUGGGCGCUUCGGCCUCACGGACACGCGCAACACCACCCAUGGCUCAGACUCCGUGGUCUCUGCCCGCAGAGAGAUCGCCACCUUCUUCCCCGACUUCGAUGAGCGGCGCUGGUACCAGGAGGAGGAGCCCGGCCUGCGCUCUGGCCCCGUGUACUAUGACCCCGAGGGAGGCAUUCACUGCCCCCAACCGGCCGCCCCUGCCAGUGACCUGGCCUGAGCCUCGGUUUUCUCCUCUGGGAAAGGCCCCAUGGUCCUACCUCACAGCUUUGUGGUGAGGAUUCAGUGAGAAAAACACCUGGUCAGCCUCGGGGUAAUGUCUGCCCUGGUGUCUGACUGGCUCUCCCUCCUCCUUCCUCCUCCUCCAGACCUGCCGGAGGGGCUCCAGGCUCCCCCUGCAGCCCCCUAAACUCCCACUCCCCUCCACCUCAGUCCUGUGGCUUUGGCCAGAAAGUCCUUCUCGGGCCUCCCCUGCCCCAGCCCCUGCCCUUGUCCGGGACAGCAUUUUAGAGCACAUCAGCUGGAGGUUCCUGCCUCCCCCCAUCGGCCUGUGCGGAAGGCAGCCGGUUUUUGCCUUCCGGGGGAGCUACAGACCUCUCCCACAGCCCGGCUGCCUUGCUUUGGUCCCUCAGGCUCAUCCUGUCCUUCCUAACUCCGGCCCCUUCCUGCAGCUCGAAGCCUGGGAAAACCCCUAAGUCUUCUCAGGUCAUUUCUCCGGCUUGGGAAAUUGGUGUCUCAGGUCCAGUUAGAUCUGGCCUUUGGAUUCCAGUCCAGGUAGACCCGAGUUCAAAUCCUGCUUCAGACGCUCUAGCUGUGGAGACCACGUCCAUAUCCUUGCAUGGGAAGCUUUCUCUAAGGCCUCUCGAGGACUUGGGUGAGAUUCUGCAGCACCCCCUGCAAAAGCUCUGAUCUGACACAGUGCCUUCUGGGAGUCAUGCUGGCCCUUGGGUUCCCCAACAACGUUAUUCACUCCUUAUUCGCUCCCUGUCAUCGGCAGAUGGAAGUUUCUUUGACGUUGAGCCCUGGCCCGUCCCUGUUCCUUGUACUUUUCUUAUCUCUUUUCUCAUCAAGCGUCCCCUUGUCCUUCCUGGCCCUUUUCUUUCUCUCUCCCAUGUGGGGAUCCCCGGUGUCUGAGCCCCCCACCCCCCGAAAAGCUUUUUGCUGAGCUCCCCCACAGGAUGCUCCACUCCACAGUUGCCUGUCUGUUCUUGCAUCUUGUACAGACUGGUCAGCUUUUGAUUUCUGCCUUAGCUGCCCCCUCGUUUGGGGUCGCCUCUCCUUGUUGCCAGCUACCUCUCCCUUCCAGCUGCACCUCCACGGAGGACUUGGGACUAGGAGCCAGGCUAUCACCCCAGUGCCGGCCGCCUUUUCUCCCCAAAAACCAAUUUAAUCGCGUGUGCCCUUGGUUGGGUUCUCCUGUCACACUCAUCCCUGAGGGACAAAAUUUGCCCCAGGAAGCUGGGGCGUUGUGUAGACUCAGUCUGCCAAAAAUUCACCACAACAUACCAAGGUUGUGCCUCUUAGCUGCUAGCGGGUCUCCGCCUUCAGUUUCCUUACCUGUAAACUGGACAUCCAGGUGUGGCCUGGAGCUUAGUACAAAGUGCUUUUUAAACCUCCUGGGAUCAGGGAAGCGGGGCAAUUGGCCUUCAGACAUCCCCUAGGAGAAGCAACGUAGCUGCGCCCUGAGAACUGGACAUUGUUUAUGUGGUUUAAGCCCUUUCUUCCAUUUUCCCAAUGAAUCCAUGGUUGAGGCAUUUGAACAGGCAGUAUUCAGUUAAAGAAAGCAAAGCUAUCUAUAGGCAUAUGGAAAAGGGCUUUAAAUUACUUUUGAUGAGAGAAAUGCAAAUUUAAAACAACUCUGAGACACCCGUUGGCACCUCUCAGAUUGGCCAAAAUGCUGGAGAGGAUGUGGAAAAAUGGGGACUAAUGCAUUGGUGGUAGAGUUGUGAACUGAUGGAGCCAUUCUGGAGUGCCAUUUGCAACUAUGUCCAGAAGAUGACCAAACUGUGUACCUUUUAACUCAGCAAUACCACUGCCAGGUCUGUAAUUCAAAGAAAUUAUAAAAAAGAGGAAAGGACCUAUUUGUGCAAGCAAGUGGUAGCAAAAUGCUGGAAAUUGAGAGGGUGCCCAUCAAUUUAGAAAUGGCUGAAUAACUUGUAUAUGAAUGUAACGGAGUACAAUUGUGCUGUAAGAAAUUACGAGCGGGCAAAUUGCCGAAAAGCUGGAAAGUUGGGUACAAAUUGAUGGAAAGUGAAAUGAGCAGAACUAGGAAAGCAGUGUACACAGUACCAGCGACAUGGUGUGAUGGAGCUGUUAUGAAUGACUCGGAUCUUCUCAGCAGCACAAGGCCCAAGACAAGUACAAAGCACUCCUGAAGGAAAAUGUUGUUCGUAUCCAGAGAAGAUAGAUGGGAUCUGAGUGCAGAUUGAAGCACAUUUUUUCACUUUAUUAAUGGGUUUUUUUUCCCUUUUGAGUUAUUUCACAACUGAUUAAUAUAGAAAUGUCUUGCAUGAUAGCACAUGUAUAAAUUAGAUCAAACUGUUUCCGUUUGGAAGAGAGGAGAAAAAGGAAGGAGAAAACUUUGAAAUUCAAGAAAUUGUAAAAAUGAAUGCUAAGGAACUUUCCUGUAUCAAGGAGAAAAAAUAAAAUACUAUUUUAUAUACA